CGAUCGUGAGGAAGUGUUAAACGGACCAAUCUAUGCAGCUCUUGUUCAGAGAAUAGCAGUUCCAAUAUGGCGGCUUUCUGAGUUUUGGAGGAGGGGACUGGGUGUAAAUAAACACACAUUAAACGUUUUAAAAACUAUAACAACAUUUUAUUUUUGGUGUAUAUGACAUAUUGUACCGUGGAAAGAAAAUGUCUACUGACAGCAACAAAAAACAAUUCUGGAAAAGAAACACAGCUAAAGUCCCUGGCAGCAUACAACAUGUGUAUGGUGCUCAACAUCCUCCAUUUGAUCCUCUUCUGCAUGCUAAUCUAAUCAAAGCAGGCAACAAGCCCCCGAUAACCCUGGGGGGGAAGCCAAAGAAAGCCACCACCUUCCAGGAGUUUGAGAGCAUCACCAGCGACGCCUGGGACGUGGGAGAUGACGAUGAUGAGCUGCUCGCCAUGGCCGCGCAGAACCUCAACAUCGAGGUCGUCAUGGAAACCGCCAACAAGGUGAUCGAAAACCACAGUAAGCAGCAGGAACGGCAGAGGCAGGACGACGGAGACAUAUCAGAGCCAGACCAGAGGGAGGAAGAGGAGGCGCCGGAGGACGAAGAGGAGGAGGAGGAGGAUGAUGAGGAAGAACAAGGAGAGGAGCUGGAGGAGACGAACCCUGAGGUGUCGUUCGCCUCUGAGCACAGCCCCCACAGCGACGGCAGACUGGUGAAGUCACUGAGCGAGGCCCCCAUCGGAUCACCUAAGGAUGUGGCUGGAGACAGAGCGUGGCUCCACCGACAGCAGUCCCUGCCCCACCGACCCACCAUCCCCAUGGUUGCGCGUAUAGCCGACCAGAACACCUCCGGGACCCCAGCCAUGACCGAGAGAGAGGCCUCACGCCUGGACAAGUUCAAACAGGUUCUGGCCGGACCCAACACCGACCUUGAGGAAUUACGGAAGUUGAGCUGGUCUGGAAUUCCACGCCAGGUUCGUCCAAUCACAUGGAAGCUUCUUUCGGGUUACCUGCCGGCCAAUACGGAGAGGAGAGAGAGCACGCUGCAGAGGAAGAGACAGGAAUACUUCGGCUUCAUAGAGCAGUACUACGACUCGCGCAACGACGAGCACCACCAGGACACGUACAGACAGAUUUGUAUAGACAUUCCCCGGAUGAGCCCAGAGUCUCUUGUGCUGCAGCCUAAGGUCACAGAGAUUCACAUUGACAUACCGAGAACUAAUCCCCUUAUUCCUCUCUUUCAACAAGCUUCUGUCCAAGAGAUCUUUGAGCGGAUCCUAUUCAUCUGGGCCAUCCGCCACCCUGCCAGCGGCUACGUCCAGGGUAUCAAUGACCUGGUCACACCGUUCUUUGUCGUCUACGUCUUCGAGUACAUCGAGGAGGAGGUGGAGAACUUUGACGUGUCCAGCUUGCAGGAGGAGGCGCUGAGGAACAUCGAGGCUGACAGUUUCUGGUGCAUGAGCAAGCUGCUGGACGGGAUUCAGGACAACUACACAUUUGCCCAGCCAGGGAUCCAGAGGAAAGUCAAGGCCCUGGAGGAGUUGGUCAGCAGAAUCGAUGAAACGGUGCAUCGACACAUGCAGCAGUACGAAGUGGAAUACCUUCAGUUUGCCUUUCGCUGGAUGAACAACCUGCUGAUGAGAGAACUGCCUCUACGCUGCACUAUACGCCUCUGGGAUACAUACCAGGCCGAACCGGAGGGUUUCUCGCACUUCCACCUGUACGUGUGCGCCGCGUUCCUGGUCCGCUGGAGGAAAGAGAUUCUCGAGGAGAGAGAUUUUCAGGGUCUGAUGAUCCUUCUGCAGAAUCUACCCACCAUGCACUGGGGAAACGAGGAGGUGAGCGUGCUCCUGGCCGAGGCCUAUAGGCUGAAGUUUGCCUUUGCAGAUGCCCCCAACCACUACAAGAGAUGAAUGUGGGCCCCCUGGCCCCUGGACAGCUCCCCUGUGUGGCCCUUGAAAGCGGGCUACAGAACCCCUGACUGAGGCCCACUGGAGGACGGAAGGACGGAUGGACCCCCCCAACACCACCACCUAACUCGACUUCAUCCUCCCUCUGCAGGCCUCGGCCAUCGCUACUAGGAGAUUUAAAACAAAAAACAAUUCUGUGUCCCAAAUGGCACCAUAUUCUCUAAAUAGUUCUCUACAUUUGACCUGAGUCUGGGCACUAUGUAGAAAAUAGGGUGUGUCUUGGGAAGAGAGCAAUGUCUGCUUCUUGGUAUGUGUGAGCAGUCCUAAUCCUCUGUUCUUCUAGACUUCUCCUCUUUGUUCCUACCCAAUAAAUGAAAUGUGUGCAACACUCCAACCACUGUCCUGUGGAGGUAGACCCCGACCAAACGACCAACCUCCAGCCAGUGCCGUUGUUGUGGAGAUAUUUCUACAGGUACAUGGACGUGUUCCGAACAAGACUGCGCUUUAUGUCCCUGACCAGGCUGUCGUCCCCCAACAAACAUGUUAAACUGGACCACCAGUUCUACUGAGUGGACUCCGCAGGAGCUACUGCAGGACUCAACACUUAAUCAAUUCAUUAUCGGACUAGCCUGGUGGGUGGCAGACUGUUGGUAGAGAGAGAGAAUGAAUGAGAAGGAGCUUCUGGGCUAGGUUGAUAUGUCAUUUCAUUCCUAAGGAAACUUGUAACACGCCACACACAAACAGACACUCACACACACACUGUCUCGCACGUCAUAACCAAGUCAUCUGUAGUUGGCAUCGAACUCUUCUCUCUUCUCCACGCUCUGUGGCUUCAGUUCCAGACAUGCAGCCAGUCCCUCAGAGAGUAGGUUUUCGUUAAAACAGAACCAGUCACUCACAUCAAAAGCAAUAAUUAGCCCAUAGGGAGAUCAGAUGGUCUCUGUUAUUAUCAUGGAUGGUUGCUAUCCCAGUCUGACAUGGUCCAUAGGGCUGGAUCUAAUAUAAUGUCUAACAACAUUUUCUCUGGAGUCCAUCGUCUUAUGUCCGUUAACAGGACAAUUGGCAUUGUUGAGGGCAGGGUUGCAACAUUUAUCAAAUCGCCUGGUUUUCUUGAAAUCCUGAUUUGAGGGUUCCAUAUGUACCGCGUAUGUCCUGAUUCCGGAAAUACUGAAAGCUGGAAUUCUUUUUCUUUUGGAGAAGCCUAGUUGAUAAAUGAGACGUAAGAUGUCUGAACCCAGGACUCACUACCUCACUCGCUCAGAUUCUAAGCCAGACCGUGUCAUUAUUAAACAGUGCAGGUCCAUGACGUGAAGACCUGGUAGUCCAACAGCUUUCCUGAUCAUUUAACACCAGUCCUCUGCCCGGGAGUGGAGCCAUUAGGUUGAUUUCUUUGGUCUGGAAAACCUCCUGGACAUUGACCCUGCUGACCCAGUUUACCCAUAACUCAGUAGCUUGGUUCCUUAUUUAUUCCUUUGAAACUGAUUGCUGGGUUAGGGUGGAAUUACUCUCUAAUUUGCCUUAGUUUGGCUGCUUUAGGUUUCUUUUAAUUUCACAUACCAAACGAGGUGAUGCUCUACCCUUUCCCAGAGGUAGCAACUAGCAGUGCCAUAUUGGGGUAAAGAGUUGAUGUACAAUACAAAUUACAAGUUGAAACAAUGUACAUCUUUAAUCAUUAAAUGAUGAAGACUCAUAAUUGCUACAUGAUGCCCUCAGUGCUGUGUGGGUUGGGAGGUGGAUGGCUAGGCCAGGGUGCUCGUUUGGAAAGCUUCAUACACUCAGUGUUUGUACGUCCUCUGCUUUAUUUGAUCAUGUCUCCAAGGCUUUGAGUCACUUUCAGGCCAUUUGUUCCAUUCUCACACUGAAUAGAAAGAUAAAAUACUGAACAAAGUCUAUUUUCUCUUUUUUUGUAUGAAAUAUAUUCUUUUGAAUCUGCUUUUUAAAAUCUUUGUUUCUCUCUCUCUUUUCUCUUUUAUGUACUGUUUACAUGAGCCUAUUAAGUUGUGCCUAAUGAAGAGAUAGUAGAAGAUCAUCCUAGAUAUUUAUUUUACCUUAAUGAUAAUGUAAGCUCUCUGUGAACGAGAUGGGAUGUUUAUCCAGUUAAGUCAUUCUCUGUUUGCUAGGCCAUGACAGCAGAUGCAUCCAAAAUGGUCCCCUGUUCCCUGUGAAGUGCACUACUCUACAAUAUCCUGUAGGUAAUAGCUAAUGUGCCAUUUGGGACUCAAACAGUGAGUCCACAGAAUCACAUCAAUAAGUUUAGCAGCUGCCUUCUUUGGUGUCCAUAGUUGUUUUAACUGGGUUUGAUGUGCCAGACCUUACACUCGCACAAACAUACACAGACCCCUGGGACAGAAGUCAAAACCGCUCAGUUUCCAUGGUUACGGUGAUGACUAGGUGUUUGUGAGCCGUAGCCCCUUGACACGGGCACAUACUGGACAAGGUGGUCAAUCUCAUGGGGCAUGGCCUUAGAUGUGUGGUCUGUCUGCUACUGUUAUGUUUUUACCAUUCUAUUGUUCUCUAAUUUCUCUAAAUGUUUCUGUCCACACUACUCCCCUGUUGAUUAAAACAUCUGAACGUGUGAAUCUCAUGAAGUGGAGAGGGGUGGUAGAAAUGUUCUUGAAUAUAAAGUGUACAGAGCAAAUGAAUUUUGAAACAAAGAUCUGUAAAUACAGAAAAUGUGUAAAUAAAUGCUAUAUAUG